AAGAAAAAGAAAUAAUUCGGUACUCUAUGCACAUAACCUAUUUUUUCUCAAUCUUAACACAAUAUAACCUACAAGUUUUAUUAAUUCAUGACGUUCAUGUGUUUUUCUUAGUUUAUUAUAAUUUUUAAAAAGUUCCAAACAUGGGUAAAGCAAAGAAAACGAGAAAAAUCGCAGAGAAACGAUUUGCUAAAAUGAAGACAAUGAUUAGUCCUAGUGAUGCAAGGAUCAAAGCAGAGAAAAGAGCACAACCGAAGAAAACUAAACCAGAAGAUCCAUAUAAAAUUAAAUUAAAUGAAGCACCUCAAGCUAGUUCAGCUCUAUACUUCCAAUAUAACACACAGUUGGGGCCACCGUAUCAUAUAUUGUUGGAUACCAAUUUCAUUAAUUUUUCUAUUAGAAAUAAGUUGGAUAUUAUACAAAACAUGAUGGACUGCUUGUAUGCAAAAUGCAUCCCUUACAUAUCUGAUUGUGUGUUGGCUGAGCUCGAAAAAUUAGGCUCAAAGUACAAAGUAGCUCUGAAAAUUAUUAAAGAUUAUAGGUUUGAAAGGUUGGCUUGUACACAUAAAGGUACUUAUGCUGAUGACUGCAUUGUUCAGAGAGUAACUCAACAUAAGUGUUACAUUGUUGCUACCAAUGAUAAAGAUCUUAAACGAAGAAUUAGAAAAAUUCCUGGAGUUCCUAUCAUGUACGUUUCUCAACAUAGAUAUACGAUCGAAAGAAUGCCUGAUGCCUAUGGCGCGCCAAAAACAUAGUGUCUCUUUUUCAAAUUUAUAAUUAAGUGGCAAAUCUGUAAAAACUUUUUAUAAUUAUUUUAAUUUUAAGUUAUUUGAGUUAAUAAAAUACAUUUAUAGAA